AUGAAAAGAGUUUGCGUGCUCUCAGAAAAGAGCGAGUUGGGGGUUUUCCAGCGGGGAAGCGACGGAUAUCUGCUUAUGCCCGUCUGCGUGCACGGGUAUACAGUACUGGAAGAUGAGAAAGUGAGUGCGCUCGUUUUGGGGGUGAGCAUCCGCACGGAGUCUGAGCUGAAGGAGGUUUUAUGCGGGUUCCUGGGGUAUGAGAGCGUGCGGGAGGGCCUGCAGUGCACCUACGCAGAGAGCAAUGAGAACGUGGAGGGCAUUCUGCGCAUGUACGAAAAGACUCGAAGCAUGCCCGCGGAGAGCGACUGGGCGUGCAUCAUGAAGUACAUCGCGCAUGCAGAGUAA